AUGUCCUUUUUUCGCUAUGCAGAUGUGUUUGCGGAUGAUAUAGAAAUCGAUCCGGCGACAGCUGAUGAGAAGUUUGCUCCGGAGUGGGAUAUUCGGAACAAGGACUCGGUGAUGGUUGACCUUGUUGCUAGAACAUUUAUUUUUAACAUCAGCACCCCAUUAGAUCACAUUCGGAGCAGGAAGAUGAAGAAUUCAGAUUUAGGUGUGGCGGUUCUAUCAAACCAGUACCGCAGGUGGGUCGAAGCGGGGUCGGUGAAAGAGAAUCUGGAGAAGGAAACUCUUUCCUUGAAACGUAAAAGGCAAAAGACUCCGGAUGUUGAGAAGAAGCUUGCUCUACUCUCUCAGGACCUUCAAGCUCAGAAGGAGAAGGUCAAAACUCUGACUACUCAAAAUCAAUCUUCCCGGUUCGCGGCUGCCUCUGCUGCGGAGGAGCGGGACAAAAUUACAUCGGAGUUGCGGAGUUUUGCUGAGUCUUCUAAGAAGAAGGAUGAGGAGCAUAAGGAAGUCCUGGCCAAGAUGGAAGAGUCUAUUUCGAACGUUCGUACGGCGUAUGAGAAUAUGAUCGCAGAGCGUGAUGCCCUCAAAACAGGGGAGGCCGACUUAAAGGCCCGGAUGGACGAAAUGAAAAAUCACCAUAAGGCAGAGAUUGAGGAGCUGAAGCUGGAGAGUGCUGAUUUGACAAAGAAGGUGCAAGAUUUGCAGGCGACCAAGGCUUGGCUUCUUUCGGAGGGAGCGCAAUUGUUAGCAAAAAAUGUUCAUCGAGGACCGGAAAUGACAGCAGCAGUGGCCGCAGUGAACAAUGCUAUGAGCCCUAUUGGAGUCAAUUUCGGUCUUCAUCAGGGUUACGUUCAUGCGCUUAAGAAGAAGACGCCUUUUGCUGAGGUCCCCUUGUUGAACCGUAAUGCUGAAGCUGACUUAAAAACGGCCAAGUUUCUUACGAAUAUUUAA